AUGGCGCCUCAGCCUUUGCACACCCUGAGGCUGAGCACUCCCGCUGGCCAUGCAGUGUGCAGGUGCUCCGCCGCCCCGAUCUUCGGGAAGAGGCUGCCGGCCAUCGUCGCCUUCCCCCGUGCCGGCAGCGGCGGCGCCGUCGUCUUGUGCUCGGCCGUGCAGGAGUCGUCCACCUCCACCACCGUUAGCAAGAAGAAGGAUGCUGCAGACGGUGAAAAAAAGGAAGCCACGGCUGCGGCAGCGAAGCCGGCCGCGGCCGCGAAGCCAAAGAAGGCCCCGGCGAAGCCGCUGCCAGAGAUGAUGCAGGAGGAGAUCAUCCCGCCGCUGAAGGUCGCCCUGGAGGCGGAGGAGAACGUGUCCCAGGUCCAGCUUUCCUUCCAAAACAACACGUUGGAGGGUUCCUUCAUAAAGGAUGACGUCCCCUAUUAUUUUUGGGCCUUCUUUCCGAAAGGAGACCUCACAGGACCGAAGGGCUUUGCGCUAUCGUCCUACAGCAACGAAGUCAGCACCAUCGAGCCGUUCCUAGUCGAUGAGAAGAGGGUAACUGCCCAGUACGUGGUGUUCUGGGUUUACAAGCGGCUGGCCGGGCAAGGCAUCCUUCCCGUCUGGAAGGAAGAGGAGGGGGGGGAGGAAGAGGGCGCAAAGUAG